UGUUUUUUUUUCUUUAUUCCACACAACAAUCAAAUAGUUUCUGCGUCCGCGUGCCAAAAUGUGCCAAAAUGUUCCAUCAGUGUGUGGAAAAUCUUUCUUUCUAUGCGGUCUCUGUUCCAGCAGCUGCUUGAUUCACUCUGAUCAUCAAACUGGAACAAAAGCAAAUCAAACAGCUCACACGCAUUCUGCUGAAAUGUAAAUCUGCCUCAUUUGAGUAUGAAAGAGCUGCUGCACUCUGCACAUUUUAUUUAUCGAUAAAUACUUUGAUGGAGCAGCAGGAGACCAGGACUGCAGAGCACCACCAUGGGGAAGAUCACUUUCUACGAGGAGAAGAAGUUUCAGGGUCGCUGCUACACCUGCAGCAGCGACUGCGCCGACCUGCAGUCGUUCUUCGGACGCUGCAGCUCCAUCCGGGUGGAGAGCGGCGUCUGGGUGGUCUACGAGAGGGCCACCUACAAGGGCUUCCAGUACGUCCUGUGUCCUGGAGAGUACAGCGACAACCAGCAGUGGAUGGCCUUCAGCGACAGCGUCAAGUCCUGCCGCACCGUCAAGAGCGUCUACGGCAGCUCCUGGAGGCUGAGGCUGUACGAGAGGCCAGAUUUCGGAGGUCAGAUGGUGGAGUGCUCUGACGACUGUCCGUCAGUGUUCGAUACCUACAAGUUCCGAGAGGCGUACUCGUGCGUGGUGACCGAUGGCGCCUGGGUGUUCUACGACCUCCCGAACUACAGGGGGCACCAGUUCCUGCUGGAGCGAGGGGAGUACAGACAGCAUGGGGACUGGGGCGCGUCCUCUCCGGGGAUCGGCUCUUUCCGCAGAAUCACCGAGUUUUAACUCCGCCCCGUGUGAUACCAAGUAUUUGACUGAUGUGAGCUUUAAACCAGAGCAUCAAUAAAAACAAGCAAAGCGUGAA